UUGCCCUUCGUCUCCUUCAACAGUUCAAUUUUCCCAGUAAGAAUUGCUUGUAUGGCGGGCUCUUUCAUGGCGGUCGCCUUCCUGCAAAAGACCAAAUGAAUAGGUAUUGGGUAAUGCCUUAUCGAACAUGGGGGAGAGCUCAUAUGUCAGCAAGGGGAAAUAUUUUGCCGAUGGUUCCACCGUUGCGCACGAAGUGGUGCGCCGUCUCCUCCCGGUUUCGAUGUUUACAGGUUUCUUCUAAUUCAGCUUCUACAUGUAACUUUCUACCAUUUCUUUUCUCUAGAAGAUGGUUGAGUCAAAGUCAAAGAGUCCCGUCCUCAUUUUUGCUUCAAACCAGACCAUUUCCUGAUUAUUCUCCUAAGAAGCCUACAAUUAGAGAUGCUGAACUUGUCCAUAACAUCACUGCUACAAUUAAGUUGCGUCGUUAUGAGCCCCUCCGACGCACUCUAAAGCCUUAUGAAUCCAGCUUUAGGCAUGAUCAUCUGAUUUGGGUACUGAUGAACAUUAAGAAUGACUAUAAUUUGGUUUUGGCUUUCUUUGAUUGGUCACGGAUUCGUAGAGAUCCUUCUCUGGAAGCCCGUUGCAUUGUUAUUCACAUUGCCGUGGCGUCAAAUGAUCUUAGAAUGGCUCAUGAGCUGGUUCGUGAUCAUUUCUUGAACUCAAAUCUGGGGGUUAGUGUUACAAUGGCUCAAUUUACCAACCGGCUGAUGUACACAUAUAAGUACUGGGGGUUAAAUCCCAUUGCAUUUGACAUAUUUUUUCAGGCCCUAGUUGAAUUUGGUUCUUUUAGUGAAGCAAGAAUACUGUUGGACAAAUGGUUGAGCUAUGGAUUAGUUGUCACCGUUGAUUCUUGUAAUUUUUUUCUUAGUCGCAUGGCUAACAAUUCUGAAGAAAUAGGGAUGGCCAUUAAGUUUUUUAGAGAAUAUGGUAUUAGUUGGAAUACUACAUCUUAUAACAUCGUUAUUUAUGCUUUAUGUAGAUUGGGUAAAAUAAAAGAAGCCCAUCGGUUACUCAUGCAGAUGGAUUAUAGGAGUUCUACACCUGAUGUUGUUAGCUAUAGUACCGUGAUUGAUGGAUAUUGUCAGUUGGGAGAAUUAAAGAAGGCAUUGAAGCUUAUAGAUGACAUGCAAAUAAAAGGACUGAAACCAAAUAGUUAUACCUACAAUAGCAUAAUAUCACUUUUGUGUAAAAUUGGCAAGCCAUUUGAAGCAGAAAAAGUAUUGAGAGAGAUGAUGUCUCAAAAGAUUGUUCCUGAUAAAGUAGUCUACACCACUCUCAUACAUGGUUUCUACAAAUCAGGACAUGUUCAAACUGCAAAUAAACUGUUUGACGAAAUGUUGUCUAAGAAGAUCGGUCUUGAUUAUAUAACCUAUACAACUCUUAUCCAGGGAUUUGGUCAAAGUGGAAAGGUGAUAGAACCACAAAAUUUGUUCCAUGAAAUGAUUAGCAGAGGGUUCGAGCCUGAUGGAGUUGCUUAUACAAUGCUAAUCGAUGUUUAUUGCAAAGCAGGUGAGAUGAUGAAGGCGUUUUCUCUUCAUAAUGAGAUGGUUCAAAUGGGACUGACUCCAAAUGUUGUUACUUACGGUGCCCUGAUUGAUGGGCUUUGUAAGCGUGGAGAACUGGAUACAGCAAAUGAGCUUUUGGAUGAGAUGCACAAAAAGGGCCUUCAACUAAAUGUAUGCACUUAUAACUCGAUUAUUAACGGUAGUUGCAAAGCUGGAAAUAUUGCACAAGCAAUAGGAUUGAUGGCAGAGAUGGAGGUGGGUGGAAUUAAUCCUGACACUAUCACUUAUACCACUAUCAUUGAUGCCUAUUGUAAAUUAGGAGAUAUUGGUAGGGCUCAUAAACUUCUUCAGGAGAUGUUAGCUAGAGGGCUUCAACCUACUGUUGUUACAUUUAACGUUCUAAUGAAUGGAUUUUGUAUGUUGGGAAUGCUUGAAGAUGGUGAUGUGCUGUUAGGGUGGAUGCUAGAGAAGGGCAUUGUGCCUAAUGCAAUAACAUACAAUACUCUCAUGAAGCAGUAUUGCAUUAGAAAUAAUAUGAAUACUACGACUGAAAUUUACAAGGGGAUGCGUAAUCAAGGAGUGAUCCCUGAUGGUAACACCUUCAAUAUUUUAAUAAAAGGGCAUUGUAAAGCACGGAAUCUGAAGGAGGCUUGGUUUCUAUAUAAAGAAAUGGUUGAGAAAGGAUAUGUUCCCUCUGUUACUUCAUAUAAUGCACUCAUAAAGGGGUUUUACAAGAAGAAGAAAAUUUUGGAGGCAAGGGAACUCUUUGAAGAGAUGAGAGGACAUGGGUUGGUCGGUGAUAGAGAAAUAUACAAUAUCUUUGUUGAUAUAUUCUAUGAAGAAGGAAAUAUGGAGAUAACUCUUGAUCUCUGUGAUGAAGCAAUCGAGAAAUGUCUACUUGUUGAGAGAUAAAAAGGAAAGAGCUUUUAGGUCAAUACAUUUCUCUGUGAUGAUCAAAUUUCAGUUUCACAAGCUUCAUCAGGCAAGCCAAUACUCUAUAGAUUAUUGAUCUGAACUACCUGCACAGUGCCAUGGGAGCUUCAAGAUUAUUGGUAGAAUUUCUGGAAUGAUGGUGGAGGUGCUAGGAUUGAAUUUCAAGAUGUUAAGUCUAUGUUCUCCCGCCCCUUGGAGGCAUUUGGGAGAAUGUUGUAACAUACAUGAAGAUCAUCUCAUACUGCUGAUUCAUGACUCUUUCCUUUGAUUAUUACUUCAAAGCAUAUGCCUUUAUUUCAAAGUUUGAUUAUAAACGCCGAACCAGUGGUCUACUCUCGAGAAACUGUGGGAUGGUCAAAAGUGUAGAACUGUGGAGGGGGGAGGGAGGCAUCUUGAGUCUUAUCGUGAACCCGACAAGGUGGUACAACACUCGGCCUAUUCUCUACUGUACUCGGCUUUUCUUUGCAGAUGACAAGCAGCAGCCAAAACGUGAGAACCGCCACCUCUCAACACCAAACCAGGCAGCACCUCCUCUGCUACAGCUGAAGGUCCUUGGAAAGCCAAAACCAUUGCUCACUGAUUCAUGGAGCGCCAGUAAAGGAUGCGUUUCGAGUUUUUUUAGUUCAACAACUUUAUUUUAUUAAUUAGUUUUCAAAAGAUGGUGUA